UUAGACAUAACAUAACUGGUUUUGGCAACAAUAGAAAACAAGAAUUGAGAGCAGAGCAUCUCCAAUGGCAGACCACCACAAGAAGAUAUAUCCGGAUGUGGAAGCAGCGACGCUUACUCGGCCUCAAGCCCCACUCAUACUAGAAAAAAGAGAUCCAUCAUCAAUUGCAAUGGUACCACCACGCAAGCCUGACCGUUGUUGCAAAUGCCUUUGCUGGACAGUUGGCCUCCUGACACUCCUGCUAUUCAUCGUUGGAGCCACUGUAGCCGUUAUUUACCUUGUAUUUCAACCCAAGCUUCCCAAAUAUUCAGUCGACAACCUCAGGGUAUCGGAUCUGACACUCAAUUUCGACAUGACCCUUUCUGCAAGGUUCAACGUUAGGGUCACCGCUGACAACCCCAACAAGAAGAUUGGGAUCUACUACGAGAAGGGAAGCCAUCUUAGCGUAUGGUACAAAGAAACCAACCUCUGCCAAGGAACCAUCCCCAUAUUCUACCAGGGGCAUCAAAACAAGACGGUGUUGAACGUUGCAUUAACAGGGCGGAAUCAGUAUGGGACAACUCUGCUUAAUGCAUUGCAGGAGCAGCAACAAACUGGAAGGGUCCCUCUCGAUCUUAAGAUAAAUGUGCCCGUCAGCAUCAAACUUGGAUCCUUGAAGCUCAGGAAGGUCAGGAUAGUGGGGACCUGCAUGUUGAUCGUUGAUAGUCUUGCUACUAAUAGUUUAAUCAGCAUUAAAGCUAGUACUUGUCAUUUUGGACUCAAACUCUGAAUAAUUUGAUGCGCCUCUUCCCAUGUCA